AUGCCCAAAGCUUCAAGUUAUUGUCCUUUGUGUGGCAAAAAAUUCAAAGAUCACUCAUCUGUCACUCGCCAUAUGAGUCAGCCCUUAUCCGGGUGUAACACGUGGCUUGAUGACCUGAUCCAACUCGAGCAAUCCAGCUGCUCCCUGGAAGAUCAUGCCAUGGAAGUGGACGACAUUGCCGAACCUUACAUAUCUGACUCCUAUGAACCAGUGGGAUUCAUGGAUUCGGGUGACACUUUUGGUGAAGGAGAGAGUAUGGAGAGAAUGCCUCAGGACAAAAUACAGGAUGAGAGCAGCGAAGUUACAGACCAUUUUCCCAAUCCCCUGCUUGCCUUCGAGGAUGGAUACACAUUUUUGAGUCUCUUUGACUCCGACAAGAACAGCAUAUAUCACAAGAUGAACCUCUAUUAUCCUUUCAGCUCUCGGAAAGAAUGGCAAAUUUCAUUAUGGCUUCUGCACUCUGGAUUAAGCAUGGGGAAGAUAGAUGCAUUUCUAGGCCUCGAAAUGAUCAAGGACUUAUCUUUAUCAUUCCGCUCAGCAAGAGAGUUAUGGGGCCGAGCUGAAAUGUUGCCCAGUGGUCCAUGCUGGAAGUUGCAAGUGAUCACUACAACGCAUCCUACAAAGUUGCCCAUUAUUCUGUACUGGCGUGAUCCUCUCGAGUGCAUCUUGAAUAUCUUCAACCAUCCACUGUUUCACGAUUGUAUAGACUACAGCGCUCGCAGAGUAUAUACUUGUGUGCAGAAAGCCUGCCACGUAUAUACUGAAUGGAUGACAGGAGAUCAUGCUUGGGAAAUUCAGUCUGCUUUACCUGCGGGUGCAACCCUCCUUGGCAUGAUUUUAUCCUCAGACAAGACUACUAUUUCAUCAUUGACAGGCGAUCAUGUCGCUCAUCCACUCCUCAUCAGCCUUGCCAAUCUACACAUGAACACACGCUCGAAAUUGUCAACCCACUCUUUUGUCCUCACUGCGCUUCUACCUGGUGUGUUGCAGGAUUGUCUUAUCCACCAAUGCCUCGACAUUGUUUUACAUCCACUGAAACAGGCUGCUGAACAUGGUAUCAUGUUGUCUGAUCCCAUCGGAUCAAUGACUCUUGCCCAGUUUGCUGUUAUUUGCUCACAUGCUAACCCAAAUGAUCUUGAGGCUUAUUUCCGUGAAGCCCAGAAAUUUUGCCUGAAUGGUGUCGACAAGCCAUUCUGGAGUGACUGGAUAUUUGCAGAUCCUUCCCAUUUUCUUACCCCCAAAAUCCUCCACCACAUCCAUAAAGAGUUCUACAACCAUGAUGCCCAAUGGCUCAUUGUAUCCAUCGGAGAAUCUGAAAUUGAUUUUCAAUUCUCUGUUCUACAGCCCAUCACCAGGUUUCAGCACUUUUGUGAAGGGAUAUCGAAGUUGAAACAAGUCACUGGUUGUUGUCACCGUGACAUCCAUGUGGAUGCAGCACCCCCUGGUGUCCUUGCUGCAGUAUGCGUGCUCAUGCAAUUCUGUUACCUUGUGCAGUUGCCACACAUUAAUGAGAAUGAUCUCAAGCUUAUCUCCAGUGCACUGGACAAAUUCCAUGUGAAGAAGGACACGAUUAUUGCUGCUGGGGCUCAUCAGGGGCAGUGCAAUAAAGUCAUCAAUAAUUGGCAUAUACCUAAGCUUGAAUUGAUGCAGAACAUUGUCCCCAGCAUUCACAACAGUGGCGUCACGAGCCAAUGGACUGCAGACAUCACUGAACACACACACAUCACAGAGAUUAAGGACCCUGCAAGAUCUAGCAACAAUGUCAACUAUGAUCCACAGAUCUAUCAUGAUCAAAGCCACUUGCAAGUGCAGGAUGUCGACAUAGACCCUCAAGAUGAUGUUGACACUGAUGCUGACGAGACUAUUGAGUGUCCGUCUAUGGUCCAUUCAUCUGGAUACUCAUGUCCCAUCACUGAAUAUUUUUCUAUUGCUAGGAAGCUCCAGCAUAUGGAUUCAGUACCCUUACCUCUAUGCUCAUUCAUCAUUGAACACACCGCCUUCCAUCUUUCCUAUGAUCCCGCCAUUAGGAAGGUCACUGUUGAUGAGAUUGCCAACAAGUUCAGCCUUCCUGAUCUGCAGUCAGCUAUCGCUGAUUACCUUCAAUGUGAGGCCACCUUUGGACAUCAAUACAUUCAUCUGAUAGGCGGUCCUAGAAGAGCUGAACAUUCUGCUAUACUUCCUUUUGACAACCUCCAAACACUGAACUGCACACCACCUGGUGGCCCCUGGAUUUUGGGUCAUUAUGACACAAUCAUUGUCCAGACUGAAGCAGGGUACUCCUGGCCAACUAGUGGUCUUUCAGAUCAGUUCUUGACUUAUGUCCAACACUUUAACGUCUCUGGUGAUCGUGAUCCGAUCACACAGCUGCAUUUGCUCAAGAGAGCAAAAUGCUCUAAUGGGACUUGCAUAGGGGAUGUUGUACCUGUCUCUCAAUUAAGGGCACCUGUCAAUCUUGUUCCAUGUUUUGGCACUGUUGCGGACAUGCGUCUCACUGCAUACAACAGUUUGGAACAUGCGUCAGAGUUCUAG